AUGAACGGCUCAAUACAUAUGUGUGAACUCUCCGAAAAUCACGCAUUGAUUAAGUGCAAUAAAGUGAUAAUAUAAAAGGGGUAUAUAUAUCUACGAAUAUAUCUAAUAAUAUAUCAUAUCUCACCUUCUCAAAAAAGGAAAAAAAAAUAGAUCAUAUCUAUAACAUAGGAUGAUGAAGAGUAGAAAUAUUUCAUCCGUAGUCUUGGUGACAGUGGCCGUGGUGUUGUUGGUAGUAGCGCCGCCAGUGGUGAAAGCUGUGACUGCAGAUCAGUGCAAGGAGGAGCGGAGGCAGCUGGUGAACGAGUGCAGGCCAGUGAUAUUCGGGCAAGACCCGUCGAACAACUGCUGCCAACGUGUGAGGGUGGUCCAUGUGGAGUGCAUCUGCCCCUACCUCACCCCAAAGUUUGCUAAACUAAUUAACCUUGAACGAACCGCCAAACAAAUCCGAAGUUGUGGAAGGAACAUUCCUCACAACUUCAGAUGCGGCAGUGCUACUUUUCCAUGAUGAGAGAAAAUGUCCCAGAAUAACUCAAGCUUUUAAAUAUGACAACGCCGGCGACCAUUCAUGUUACGGGUCUUGUGUCUGUGUGUGUUGUAAUAAGAAAGAGAAUUACGUUUCUCUAAGUACGUAUUAGUCAAUUUAGAUAUGUUUAAUGUACACAUCACAUCAUGGUUCGUUCAUAAUGUGAAGUUUUGUUUCAAUUAAGCUUUUCAUUGAUCUCUA